UGGUUUCUAGUCUAGUGACUAGAAACCACAAGCUAUAGGUUUGAAUAGAAUGUUGUAAAACAAAACAAUGUCUUGCUAGAACGAUUAUCAACAGAAAUAUUGAAUUAAAAAAAGUAUUGAAUAGAUGGGGAGUGGUUGUGGAGUAUAUAUAUGGGGAACAUCAGUACUGUGUGUCAAGCACGUCUAUUUACAACAAGUGAGGGAGUAACAUGGCAACCAGCAUCCUUAUCCUUUGCCUGUGUACAGUCCUCUUUGGUAGAGGCUCAGAAGCUCAGGUAUGCGGAACGGCACCUCUAAAUACAAAGAUAGUGGGUGGUGAGAAUGCUGUUGAUGGAGCAUGGCCCUGGCAGGGAACAAUUCAAACGUUGGCUGACAAACGUCAUUUCUGUGCAGGAACUCUUCUUAACACUGAGUGGGCUCUCACAGCAGCCCACUGCGUCAAAGGGAGGUUGGCUGCUGAUAUAAAUAUUAUUUUUGGAAGACUGGCCCAUGGUGCCGUCAGUGCCACUGAGACGAAAACAGCCCUUACGGAGAUUAUUAUCCACCCUGAGUACAACGCCACAACUCAUGACAAAGACAUUGCCCUUUUAAAGCUGCAAACCUCUAUUGUAGUCAAUAAUCAUAUCCAGCCUAUCUGCCUGCCUACCACCAACAGCCAGUUUUUCACAUCCACCCUUUGCUGGGCCACUGGUUGGGGAAAAGUCAACAACAAUGGUGAGAAUAAUGACUUUUUAUAAUGACUAUUCCGUCCUACAAUUGUUAAUUUACAUUAAAAAAACAUAUACAAGUCACUCCAGAGUCUCACCAGUGCCCUCUAGUCGCUGUCAGUGUGAAAAUAACAAACAUGAUAAUUUUUAGUGGUAAAGGAGUAGCAGAUACUGGUACACAAGCCUAGUGUGCCCUUUCGCAGCUGUCAGUGAAAAAAUACGUAAAAUUAUAUAUUUUAAUAUAUAGGUCACCUGAGUAUAAGUUGCAAACCCAGCCAAAGGAUGAAGAAAAGUGCAACUUAUAGUCUGGAAAAUACAGUAACCUGUGUAAGGCAAUAGGAGCUGUCCACUCAGGGACACAACCAGCAUCACAAAGGAUGAGCUAGCUCAGUGGUUCUCCGACUUUUUAUACUAUAUAUAUACACACUAUAGCAGCAUAGGCCUUCCCUAUUAGCUUCCACCACACAGGAGAGAUGUUUACAAAUGUUUAUAAAGAUGUUUAUGUUUUAAUGUUUUAUUAAUUGUGCAUGGUAUGUUUCAGAUUUAUUCAAUUGAAAAUGUAAAUGUGAAAAUAUGAAUUUUCCCCACGUACCACAAGAGAGAACUCGUGUACCAGCAUAGUUUGAGAACCACUGAGCGAGCCUAACAUUAAAUGUGAGAAUUAAACCUGCAAUAACCAUUUUUUUAAAUCAAACAAAUCUGUAUGAACAGUGUUUUAAUGAAAUUAUAAAGUGUAGAGCAAGUCCAUUAAUAUCAUUGAAUUUUAAUGUUUCACUUUUUUUUAGUCUGGCCACACGGUGGUAGAACUAGAACAAGGUUCUAGUUGAUCUUUCUGUAUGGAGUUUGCAUGUGCCUUUGUUUCUCUGCAGCUAUUCUGGCUUCCUUCAGGCCCUAAUGGGCGUGGCCCUAAUGAUUAGGGGAUUAGGUUGAUCCGACACUAAAUUGACCAUAGGUCGGAAUAUGAGUGUGCGUGGUUGUUCACCACUACACAGUAUACCCUGUGUUGGUCUGGCAACUACCCCAUCCUCGCCCAUAUACAGUUGGUAUUGACCUCUACGCUCUGUUACAAACUCAUUGUACUGUCCAUCCAUCCAUCCAUCCAUCCAUCCAUCCAUCCAU